AACUGGCAGGCACAUUUAUAUUUGAGAGAGACCUUCACGUUUCCAUCAAGAAUUUGAGCAAGGGAAUUUCGUGCUAGGGUACACAGAACGCUCCUUCUCUGUCUCUGGCGCCGCUUCGUCUCUCGCUCUUCCGCCCUACGGUUAUUAAAUUCUGAUUGUUCAAAAAUGGCUGAUGCUCAUGAUACUGAUAAGAACAUUGAGGUGUGGAAGAUCAAGAAAUUGAUCAAAGCCUUGGAGGCUGCUCGAGGAAAUGGGACUAGCAUGAUUUCUCUUAUCAUGCCCCCACGUGAUCAAAUAUCUCGUGUCACCAAGAUGCUUGGUGAUGAGUUUGGAACUGCUUCAAACAUAAAAAGCAGAGUGAACCGGCAGUCUGUGCUUGGUGCAAUCACGUCUGCUCAGCAGAGACUUAAGCUUUAUAACAAGGUUCCUUCAAACGGGCUUGUUCUGUAUACCGGGACAAUUGUAACAGAAGAUGGAAAGGAGAAGAAGGUGACCAUCGAUUUUGAGCCAUUUAGACCUAUCAAUGCAUCUCUCUAUCUUUGUGACAACAAGUUUCAUACAGAAGCUCUCAAUGAGCUUCUGGAAUCUGAUGACAAGUUUGGUUUUAUAGUCAUGGAUGGCAAUGGCACACUUUUUGGGACGUUGAGUGGCAAUACAAGAGAGGUGCUUCAUAAAUUUAGUGUGGAUCUACCAAAGAAGCAUGGAAGAGGAGGUCAGUCAGCCCUACGAUUUGCCCGUCUUCGGAUGGAGAAGCGCCAUAACUAUGUGAGGAAGACUGCAGAGCUUGCUACACAGUUUUAUAUUAAUCCUGCUACCAGUCAGCCCAAUGUUUCAGGAUUAAUUCUUGCUGGUUCAGCAGACUUUAAAACCGAGCUUAGCCAGUCAGAUAUGUUUGAUCCUAGACUUCAGGCAAAAAUACUUAAUGUUGUUGAUGUAUCUUAUGGAGGGGAGAAUGGCUUCAAUCAGGCCAUUGAACUCUCAUCAGAAAUUCUGGCCAAUGUGAAGUUCAUCCAGGAGAAACGCUUGAUUGGGAAAUACUUCGAGGAGAUCAGUCAGGAUACUGGUAAGUAUGUUUUUGGGGUUGAUGAUACUCUUAAAGCGCUGGAGAUGGGUGCAGUUGAGACACUUAUUGUCUGGGAAAGUCUGGAUAUAAAUAGAUACGUAUUGAAACACAGCACUACUGGUGAAAUUGUCAUAAAACACUUAAACAAGGAACAAGAAGCCAACCAGGAAAAUUUUCGGGAUUCUGCUAGCAAUGCUGACUAUGAGGUUCAGGAAAAGAUGUCUCUCCUGGAGUGGUUUGCUAAUGAGUACAGACGGUUUGGCUGCACUCUUGAGUUUGUCACUAAUAAAUCACAAGAGGGCUCACAGUUUUGUCGGGGUUUUGGCGGUAUAGGGGGAAUUCUGCGCUACCAGCUUGAUAUGAGAUCAUUUGAUGACUUCUCUGAUGGUGAAAAUGUGUAUGAUGAUUCUGAAUAGCAAUCAAUGAAUUACUUCCCAUUACUGGUGCAGGAGAUGGAGGUGAAAAUACCUGCACCAGUAUGUGAAGUGGUCGCACAUGCUGCGACUGCUUGGACUCCUGUGGUAUUGCAUGGAAAAGUUGAUUCUCAAUCAAGAUGCUCUGCCUCCUUGAUGCUUUUCUCACAUCCAAGCUACUCUAGUCCACAGCCUUGUGUAUCCACAUGUCGGCAACACCAACCAUUGCCAUUGCCCUCAUCUAGAAAAUCAGGUUCGUUGCACUCUGUUUCCACUCCAAAAGGAGAGCAUCAAAUUGGGCUUGCAUCAAAAAGGGAACCUGAUAUCAUCGAAGUGGUUGGUCCAAUCUGUCUCUGCGACUGUGCAUAGCAUUGAUGAAGGGGAAAAUGCUCAGGUAGAUUAUCUGCCAGGAGGAGGUUCCAACGUCGACUCACAAUGAUGCUCGAGCCAAGUUCUCUGGCACCUAGUCUAAUGAGUGUGUCUGUGUUGAAACUUACUUUCAUAGUACUUGGUGUAUGAUCGAGUCUGGGUCGAAUCUUAUUCCUGUAUCCGCGUUGUGUUGAUACUUAUGGUACUUCCGGGUAUUGUGUUGGUCGGGAUCUGUGGCUUUUAAAGAUUUCUUUAUGAUAUGUGAUGUGAAGGUAUGGAAGUUAAGAACUUUGUGAAUCA